CACUUCCGCGUCUUUUAAUUUGAAAUCAAACCAAUCCUCCGUACCGGAAGUGUCACUAGCCGCUAAUUUCACUGUGCUAAGGCGGAUCCCCUUCUGUAUCGUCUUUGAAACUUUCUUCCGUAUUACAUAAAACACAAUCCUCAGCCGGUGACUCCGUUAACUAAUACAUCCGACAGAAGUGAAAGAGCAUGGGGGACAAGGAGCUGAUGUGGGCUUUGAAGAAUGGUGAACUGGACGAGGUGAAGAUGUUACUGAAAAAGGAUGAGGAUGUGAACCGGAUGCUGGAGGGCGGUAGAAGACCCCUGCACUACGCUGCGGACUGCGGCCAGGUUGAUAUACUGGAAUUCCUGUUGUCUAAAGGAGCAGAUGUGAACGCUCCAGACAAACACGACAUCACUCCAUUGCUGUCUGCCACUUAUGAGGGUCACAUCGCCUGCGUCAAACUCUUACUAGAGAAGGGCGCCAACAAGGAGAGAAAAGGACCAGACGGGCUGAGCGCAUACGAGGCAGCCGACAGUGAGGCCAUUAAAGAGCUGCUGAAGUGAGGCUCGGCUAAAAGCCCUGCAGCUCUGAGGUGCAAACAGACACCUGGCUGCCACCAGACAGAUCACACACUCUUACACACGUUUUCGUCUCUGCCCGGUGGCUGCCUUGUCGUCUGCUGGGUUUUUUUUGUUUUCCACAUGUUUUUCCUUAAUUAUUUUUUUUUUAAACAUUAUUUUGGGGGAGCAGGUGUAUGAUUACUCUGCUAGCAUAUUUGAAUUAGUGGACCUCUCGAUCAGUCACUCCAUCCACCCGGACCAGCAGCUGUGAGGAAGCUGUUUAUCAUAUCCACCCCUGUGUAUCACUAAACGCACACUUAGAGCGCUUAUUUACUGAACAAAGCUUUCAAAUCUCGCAAACGAUCCCCAGCCAAAGAUUCAGUAAAGAAGAAUAAUGUAAAUGUGUUUUGUACUGUAAGACUGAUAGACCCUUUUUUUAAAUUUAGAAAAUUUAAAAUUUCAUGUCUAGUCCCUAGACAAGUAAGUCAUCGGGGUGGUGUAUGGCACUAUUGGAGUGGCAAAUAAAUGAUUACCCCUUUCCUAAUGGGAAAAAAAAACAUCACAACCUCUUUCCUGUAAAAAAUAUUACAUUCCCAUAGAGCAGUCUUCAGCAGCUCUUAUAACAAUAACUUUAUUAAGAAUUAAUAAUGACAAAGAAGGUAAUGAAACCGUGUCAUGACAGCCUGCACUUUUCCUUUCAUCUGCUCAGUUACGUGCGUACUAUUGAAAUAAUGGUUAAUAAAAAUAAUAUAAAGGCUUCAAGUUUCCUGCAGAGAGAGAGAAAGAGACAAGCAGCACUCCUGUCACUGAUAACGAUGGACUCGUCUGCUUACCCGACUGCAUGCUAAUGCCUCUGCUCUUACAUUUUGGGAGGAGAGGGGGAAAAAAAACUGUGCUUUUCUCUUGCUUGCUCGCUUCCUGGAUUCAUUUUUUGUUUAGUUUUUUCCUUUGAAGUUGCAAAUUCAACCAUGAAACAAAACAAAACAGUAGUUCAGAGCUUUCUAUCUGGCUUCAUUGUGAGAAAGGUUGUUGAAAAAAAUAAAAAGGUUAAUUUGAA